GCAGAGCUCCAUAUGAUCUGCUCUCUCCUGGAAACUGUCACACUUUAACACUAUGAAAGGUCAAUCAAACGAUAUGGAAAACACGUCCAAGGUGGAAGCUUCUAAUGGGCACAGCAGGCCGCUGGACAUUGUACCCAGUACAGAGGAGAAGAUGACAGAAAGGGGACAAUGGGGCAACAAGGUUGAGUUUAUUCUGUCCGUGGCAGGAGAAAUUAUUGGCCUUGGGAAUGUCUGGCGUUUUCCUUACCUUUGUUAUAAGAAUGGAGGAGGUGCCUUUUUUAUACCAUACCUCAUCUUCUUGUUUGCUUGUGGGAUCCCUGUCUUCUUCCUGGAGACAGCGUUGGGUCAGUAUACCAGUGAGGGAGGCAUUACCUGCUGGAGGAAAAUCUGCCCUUUGUUUGAAGGCCUGGGUUAUGGCAGCCAGGUAAUUGUUGCUCUGCUGAACAUCUACUACAUUAUUGUGUUAGCCUGGGCCAUCUUCUUUCUGUUCCACUCCUUCACCUGGGAUCUGCCCUGGGCAUCCUGCAACAAUAGCUGGAACACAAAUUCCUGUAUGCCAUUGCAGAAGGGGAAUACCUCCAUCAAUCACCAUGAGAACACCACCUCUCCUGUCAUUGAGUUCUGGGAGCGCAGAGUACUGAGAAUAUCUUCCGGUAUUGACCACAUUGGUUCUCUGAACUGGGAUCUGGCUCUGUGUCUUGCCUUUGCAUGGGUAAUCUGUUACUUCUGUGUAUGGAAGGGAGUGAAAUCCACAGGCAAGGUAGUUUACUUCACAGCUACUUUUCCGUAUGUAAUGCUCCUGGUUCUCCUGAUCAGAGGAGUAACACUGCCAGGCGCCUCCAUUGGAAUCCACUUCUACCUUUACCCCGACAUCAAUCGACUGUCUGACCCCCAAGUAUGGAUGGAUGCUGGAACUCAGAUCUUUUUCUCAUUCGCCAUCUGUCUUGGCUGCCUCACUGCCCUAGGAAGCUACAACAAAUAUAACAACAACUGCUACAGGGAUUGUGUGGCCCUCUGUUUCCUUAACAGUGGUACCAGUUUUGUUGCGGGCUUUGCCAUCUUCUCCAUCCUGGGCUUCAUGUCCAACGAGCAAAAUGUGCCCAUCUCAGAAGUGGCUGAAUCUGGUCCAGGUUUAGCCUUCAUUGCCUAUCCUCGAGCUGUGACCAUGAUGCCUUUUUCCCCUCUGUGGGCCUGCUUCUUCUUCAUUAUGAUUGUAUUUCUAGGACUGGACAGCCAGUUUGUAUGUGUGGAGAGCCUGGUCACAGCCGUGGUGGAUAUGUAUCCUUCCGUCUUCCGCCGUAAAAACCGCAGGGAACUCUUCAUCCUGGCAGUAGCAAUAGUAUCCUUCUUCCUGGGCCUCAUCAUGCUGACAGAGGGAGGCAUGUAUGUCUUCCAACUCUUUGACUACUAUGCAGCCAGUGGGAUGUGCCUGCUCUUCGUAGCCAUUUUUCAGACAGUUUGCAUCGGUUGGGUUUAUGGGGCAGAUCGCUUCUAUGAUAACAUUGAGGAUAUGAUUGGCUAUCGCCCCGGCCCUGCCAUUAAAUACUGCUGGCUUUUCUUCACUCCUGCAACAUGCUUUGGAACCUUUGCCUUUGCCUUAAUCAAGUACUCACCUUUGAAGUACAACAAUGAUUAUGUGUACCCGUUGUGGGCGGAUGGGAUCGGCUGGAUCCUGGCUCUGUCCUCCAUGCUUUGCAUACCCCUUUGUAUGGCAUUCAAACUGUACAAUACCCCAGGAACACUGAGAGAACGUUUUGUUCUUCUAAGCACUCCUUCCACUGAGUUACCAAAGACAAAGCAGGAGCAGGAGGCACUCCAUGCCAUCUUUGCAGCAGACGGUGAAAGCCUCCAUCAGAAAGCACCUCCCUCUCGAGAUGGCUACGUCCCUGUUGGUGAAAAGGAGUCUCAUUGCUAGAAGUUUGAGGAUUGGAAUCGGAGUCUAUUUAGAGGUCAGUUGUCACUGUGAGGCUCUCAGUGACUGGCCCCAUCACUGUUCUCUCUGUAUUACCUCACAAGAUAAGCUGGUGAAAACAGACAUGUAUGCAGACUUUUACAGUCUGCUCACCUGCUAUUGGCUGCUGGAACUUUCUUCUUUGCAUGUUGUCUUCAGUACACAGUGUUGUGCAAAUAUCCUGAGCUGCCCUUCAUUUCUUUAUAUUUUGCUAGCAAAAUGUGAAAUGGGUGCAGUGAUCUACUGAAACAUGCAACCAUACAUGGUAAUAGAGCAUGUGAGGCAAAAAGUAACCUUUUAGUUCUCCAGGCUUCCAGAAGGAUAUUUAGAUGUUCUUUGGCUGUUGGCUGUCUUUUGUUCCAUUCUCUGUUAAGAUGAUCCCACACUGCCUCAGUAAUGUUGCCUAUGUGGAGGCCAAUCCUUGACUAUUAGUGUUCCACUGUGUGUUUUUCUGUCCAGGUACAUUUUUACUGUAUUGACAGUGUGUUUGGGAUUACUACUAAUCAGACAUGUUCAAGAUUGUAUUACAUGGUGGGUGAAAAUUUGAUAGUACUUUUUUGCUUUCAUAAUUCCAUCAUUUUUGACAAGAUUCCCAGUACCGAUGAUUGAAAUGCAGACCCAUACCAUGCUCCUUCUUUUUUGGCCACUUGUUCUGUUUCCUCAAAUUUUUUAAGUACAAAUUGCACACCAUUCUAAGCUAUGCUAGGUUUCCACGUAAUAGGUUUUUAGGAAUCACCUUGUUGGUGCAAAAAUACUCUUUCUAUGACAAUACUGUUUUUGCAACAGGCAGCUAGUAAAGUGCCUAAAGAUACUAUUCAAAGUGAAUUUUUCGCUAAGUUGUCUGUUGCGUGUAGACACAACACCGGUUAAUACCUGGAGUUGGGCAACUUAGGUUUUUGCAAAUAAUUCACAGGUCAGUGUUAAACAGGUCAUAUAUAAAAAAAAACAUUCCUUCAAAAAUAGUCAGGUCUAAGAAUUGGGAUGAAUGAAUGAAAAAGCAAACCAUCUUCAGAAAGCCUGGAGAUC